UGUGUACACAUCUGUGAGUACAGGUGGCUUCAAAGUCCAAAAGAAGGCCUCAGAUCUGGAGCUGGAAUUACAGAGGUUUUUGAGUGACUGACUUGGGUGUUGGGAACCGAACUGUGAUCCUCUAGUAGAGCAGCAAGCGCCCUUAACCUCUGAGCCAUCUCUAUAGUCCCUAAUUUAUUUACUUACCUUUUAUUUUUAUUCAUAUGUAUGUGACGUCUGUGUAUAUGCAUGCCAUGUAUGUGCAGAUGCCCUCAGGGACCAGAAGGGUGCAUCCAGUUGCCUGGUGCUAAAGUUACAGGCAGUUGUAAACUGUCCAGUGUGGGUACUGAGGACCAAAAUUAGGUCUUCUGAAGAAGCACUUGUAACCUCUGAGCCAUCUCUCUAGCACACACACACACACACACACACACACACACACACACACACACCCUUUUUAAAUUUGUGCUUUUUGAGACAGGGUCUCAUGUAGCCCAGGCUGUCCUUAAAUUCACUACGUAACUAAGGGUAAUUCAGAACUUCUGAUCCUUCUGUCUAUCUCCCAAGUGCUGGGAUUAAAGGUAUUGUGCCCCCACACCUGGUUUAUGCUGGAAAUCAAAUAUGGGGUCUUGUGAAUGCUAGGCAAACAGUCUAUUAACUGAGCCAGAGAUUCUACCUAACCAGUAUUUCUUAAAUGAAAACAAUUUUAUUGCCAAUAAUUUACAUACCAUAACAUUGCCUUUAUUUUCAACAGCCAGCUUCCCUAGGCGUAGAUAAUUAGGUCAUUGGUGCUCCUGUCAGUCUGUCUUUUUUUUUUUUCUCUUCAGUGUUUUCAGGAUUUCUCUCCCUUGGUUUGUGGCUAGGUUUCUCAUUGGUACACUGUGUAAAAUUGGGUCUUUCCUCUGGGUGUAUUAAGGAGUUUUUAUUUAUCUCUUAUCUCUAUCUGUUUGAUUAUUGUGUCUUGGUGAGAUGUGGUGAUAUAUUGUGUACCCUAAUAAAAUUUGCCUGAAGAUCAGAGAACAGAACAAGCCACUAGAUUAAACAUAGGUGCCAGCAGUGGUGGCACACACCUUUAAUCCUAGCACUCUGGGAGGCAGAGAUCUGUCUGGAUCUCUGUGAGUUCAAAGCCACUCUAGACUACAUGAGAUUGACUCAGUCUAGGAGAGAAACAGAGCCAGGCAAUGGUGGCACACGCCUUUAAUCCUAGCACUUGAAAUCUCAUGCAUUUGCUUGGAAGCACACACGCCAUUAAUCCCAGCACUAGAAAGGAAGUGAUGGAUGAGCAGAGAAAGGUAUAUAAGGCGUAAGGAGACAGGAAUUAAAGGCCUUCUGACUGGAGAGCUUUUCAGGCUGAGGAGUCCAAGGGGUGAGACGUAGCAGUGGCUUGUUCCUUUGUCUCUCUGACCUUUCAGCAUUUACCCCAAUAUAGGGCUCUGGGUUUUUUAUUAGAAGACUGUUUAGAAAUUUGAGCAACAGAGAAACAUUUCCUGAUUUUUUUUUUUGUUGUUGUUGUUUUUUGUUUUGGAGACAGGGUUUCUCUGUGUAGCUUUGCGCCUUUCCUGGAACUUGUUUUGGAGACCAGGCUGGCCUUGAGCUCACAGAGAUCCACCUGCCUCUACCUCCCGAGUGCUGGAAUUAAAGGCAUGCGCCACCAUUACCCUGCUCAUUUCCUGAUUUAUUUGCCUUGAUCCUUGUGAAAUUCCUUGGCUAUUACACUUGUCUCCCAGUUUCUCGGGUCAAAUAAACAUCCUGCUUUUUGCUGGUGAUAUGGAACUUCAGACUGACUUUGGUUUGAUCUGGUCUGUUGAGGCCUGGGAGGUCAGUCCAAGUCAGCAGUCCACUGUAGAAUUUAUUUAUUAGUAGGCUAGAGAGUAUCUUGCCCCUUAUGGCAACCAGGAGAAAGGAUAAAGACACACAGCAAAGGGAACCUUGUUACCCCUUGGGGAAGACCUCUACAGAGUCUUCAUGAACAUUUGGUGCUGCCUCUUCUUAGUGAGGCAGGAGCUUCCUUUGAAUGCUUUCAAAAAUCAUUUCAGAAGAGUCAGGACAACCAAAUACUGAAGGACAUCCAUUGGUUGCCCACCCCACAGUCCCAGGCAUUAGUCCACAAGUUAAGUCCAUGGCCUAGUUGCGGUAAGCCUGUUCAACCGAGAUUCACUCAUUGCUAGAGGUCAGUGACCACUCUGGCACUGCUUUUCCUUUGCUCUUAUUGUGAGAGACCAUGUGCCUACCAACUACCAAAGUGGCACCAGAUUUCACACCAAUAUUGACAUUUUAUUGACAGCUUCCAACUUUUCAUGAUCCCUUAAUAGGGUGCUAAUGCAACUGAACAGCAGGUGGAACAUUCUCUAUAUCCCACAAAUACACUCUUUUUCCUAAAGCUCGCAUCAUUGCACCAGCCAUCUCGUGUAGAAGUAACCAACCAUCUUAUUAAAUAAGAAACACGGAACCAAUGCAAAGAAGAAAGCCAAGAGAUCAAAGCUAAGAGCCUUACCCGUCUACUGCAGCUAGCCUCUUCAGCCAAGAGAGACCUACUUCCUGUGUGUUUGUCUUUAUAUAGACUUUCUGUUCUUCCUUCUCAUUGGUUGUAAACCCAACCACAUGACCGCCUCGUCACUGCCUGUUUGUACAGACCUCCAGAUUUUCUAUGGUUGGUAUUGAGAUUAAAGGCGUGUGUCUCCAAUGCUGGCUGUAUCCUUGACCACACAGAGAUCUACCUAGCUCUGCCUACCAAGUGCUGGGAUUAAAGGCGUGUGCCACGAACGCCCAGCUCUGCUAUGGCUUACUAUUAGCUCUGACCCCCAGGCAACUUUAUUUAUUAACAUACAAAUAAAAUCACAUUUCAGUACAAAUAAAAUAUCGCCAUAAUCUCGUCUCAAUUUGUUGACAGUAAAAGUCUGACUGAUGAGUUGCCUCUGUAUACAAGGCAAUUCACAUGCUACCCAGCAGGGCUCCUCGUUGCCCAGGGGACAGUGAUUCACUAAUUCAUUUCCCCUACAGUCAGCUUUCUCAGACUGUUAUUGGCACCAAUUGUGUCAACAAGUGUCCUCCAAGUAGAGGCCAUGGGAUACAACGAGGGAUACAAACAAUUUAGUAGGUGCUCACAUCUUGGGAAGAUGAGGAAAAAGAAUUGGGCUGUGGAAGCCUCCAAUCCUUGAUCCUCAACUGACAUAUUUAAAUAGAAGGGAGAGGUGUAUACCUCACAGGUUUGGCCAGCCCAACAGGGUUAUCAGGGUUUUGUCCCUGGAAUAAACACUUGAGGCAACUUAAAAGAGAAGACUUACUUAUGUAUUCAUUUGUUUUUACUGUAAUGGGGAUUGAAUUUAGGACCGUGUGCAUGGAAGGCAAGCUUUCUCUGGCUGUGCUGCAUCACCAGUCCUUUUUGAUGCCAGAUCUUGUUGAGUGGUCAAAACUACCCCUAAAUUUUUAUCUAGCCCAGUAAACCUUGAACUUGCUAUCCUCCUGCUUCAGCCUCCUGAUAUUAGAAGCCUGCAUCACCAAACCCAGCUGGAAAAUUUUAUUGAUUCAACAUUUCAAAAGUUUCAGUGCAUAGUCAGCUGGUUCCUUUGUUUCUUGGCUGUGGUGAGACAGAGCAUCAUGACAAGGGUGUAGCAGAACAAAGUUGCUUACCACAUGGUUGCCAGAAAGCAGAAAGGGUGACAGGAAGGGGUCGAGGCAUUUAUAUCUUCCAGGGUGCCUCUUCCAAUGACUUCCUUCCUUCAACCAACUGCCACCUGCUCGUUUUCUACCACCUCCCAAUAAUGCCACCAAAUUGGAGGGAUUAAUUCAUUGAUUAAGUCAGAAGCCUCAUGAUCCAAGCACCUCUCAAUGACUGGAUCCAUCAGCUGAGGACCAAGCCUUUGACGGGUAAGCCUUUGUGGUGGGGGGAGCUCACUUCAUACUCAAACUAUAGCAGUGGAUAUGGUUGUCUGACAAUCCUGCUCAUCCAUUUAUCAAGGGCAAUGCAGGAAACGGAGGCUCAGAUCACACACUCUCCCAGCUAGAGGGUGCCUAUGGGCUAUCUUUUCCAAGUUCUUUGGGUGUUUCAGCAUAGCAAUCGAGAAACAAACUAGGACAUAAGCUUCCAUAGACGACGCUCCAGACUUAUAGAACACCUGGGUUCAAUCUCCAGCACACACACCCACACACACCUAUAAGGGACUGAUACAGUAUUGCAAUGGUAUUCCUCAAGUUUACAAUUCGAGAGGGCAAGUAUCUGUCUGCAGUACACAGAAUGCAAAGGCCUCUGUACUUUUGAGGAUUUCUUGAAGCUGAAGGUUCUCCAUCUCCAAGAUAAAACUAAGGGAUUACUAGUCAUCCCUGUAACCCCGAUGUCUUGUCCCGUCCUGUCCUGUCCACCGUUGAGUCCACCUUGGGCCCGGAUUAGCGGCAAUGACCAAACACAACCCCAAAGGGCCCUGUGGGUCACACAGAGGAAUCAGAUGUCACCACCUAGAGGGCAGGACGCUGUCUGCACAGGACCUUAGGAGAGUCGGGAUUCAGAUCCGAAGCAAACAAGCACGCUGUGCCAGUCUUUCAUUUAUUAAAAGGGACGCAGGAGAUUCCAACUUUCAUGUAAACGUCCCUUUAUUUUUAAGGUAGGAGCUGACCCAAGCUGCAACUGGCUUUAGCCAAGUCAUCAAGUACUUGCCCCAGUCUCCAGGAGAAUUAAUUGUCUGGGCAACCGUCAGUUUCGACCCAGCCUUCAGAACAGCCAGCACAGCUGCACUACGCCUGCGCGCUGGCUCUUUUGGAGCAAGCUCCGCCCUGCCUGCCAACACAACGCAGCCUUCCGUUGCCAUGGAGCUGCGGGCUCAAACUACGCAGCCUCAGAUCCACGGUGGCCGAGAGGCAGUCGGCCGUUAAGGGGACAUCGUAAAGGGGGACAUUUCUGAGGCCUGGUGCCAAGAUACUGUUUCUCCGGGGCCACUGCUGAGGAAGUCAGCGAGGAGCUGUUCCCGGGUGGAGGGACCCUUCUGCGGGACCACUGCCUAGGGGUCAUUUGGGAGGGGCUAUUGCUAAGGGGCCGUCUUCAGGGACCAUUCUUUAGGAGCUGUUGCUGAGGAACCACUACGGAGGAGCCGUUCCUGAGGGGUUUGGGCAACGGUCCAUUCCUGGGGGACCUUUGCUGAAGUCUCAUCGCUGAAGGACGUUCCUGGACUGGCCAGAGAGUUAAUUUCUGUCUCCCAGUAUGGAAGAACCUACUACCCUGCUUUCCGAUGAGGACCUGGUGGACAGCCUCCCUGCCAUAGACGAUGAAAGAAUACAGUUGGAGGAUCCAGAGUUUGAGAUGGAACCAUUUCUUCUGGGAUUUGAGGACACCGUUCGCCUAGGAUGCUGCUGUCCAGUAAAAGAGGAAGUGACUGUCGAGAAAACGAAGAAGGCGACCACCAAAGACAGAGUCCAGGCGUUUCACCUUCGGAAAAGCUUGAACUUCCUGGACAAGCUGCACGAGGAGAAGGACCUUUUUAUUCAGAAGACUCGAGGGGAGCUGCGUGUCUGUCAUCAGAGGAUGGACCUCCUCACCAAACAGCAGGAGAGCUUGGCAGCUGAGAUCGCCACAGAGAGAGAAGCCAACAACAUGGCUGCUAUGGGCCGUCUCCAGGCUGCAUCCAGACGCCUUCACACAGAGCUGGAGAAUGAGAAAGAUCUGCAGUCCAAAAUCACAGCCAUGCUGAAGGACAGCGAGAAUGCCAUGUGGCACAUUGAGAUCCAGAAGGGGCUAUUUGAGGACGUCCGGAAGCGUAAUGAAGAAGAAGCAGAAGCUAGGCAGAGGUCCCUUGAGAUACACGCAGCCCAGCAGCUUCAAAAGGAGAAAGAAACCCUGGAGAAGGUGGAGAGGAACCGUCUGCUAAGGGCCCGGAAGUCCUUGCAUGUGCAGAAGGAGCUGGGGCUAAGACAUCAGAAACUGGUGGAAGAUGCCCAGAGAAACCACAGGGUCGCUGUGAAGUUCCUGAAGGCCUCUCUGGGAAGAGUUCGGGAGCGAGAGCAGAAGGAGGAGAUGGAGUCCCGCCGGCACAUGAAACUGCGCAUGGAUGCUGUGCUGGCGCUGAAGAACAACAUCACUGCCAGUCGGGAAACACUAAAGAAGUUCCAAGCAUGGGGCCAAAGCAGGGCAGAGGUGGCUAAGCAGAAGGCCCUUACAGAGAAGGAAGCGAUCCUGGCCCAAGGUGGAGAUGCAUUCAAGCACCUUUUUCAUCAGCGCAGGCACCAGGAACUGGAAGCCCAGAGGCGGGCUUUUGAAGAGGAGCAGAAACUCCGGAAGCAGGAGAUUGUAAGUCGAAUCUUGAAAGAGGAAGCUGAGGAAGAACAUAGGAAAAAGAGACAGCAUCCACCCUCUAAAACCACAGACCAAUGGACUCUGAGAGACAAGACUUGGAAGUAUAUCUCUGACUUUUGUGAAGGGAAGACUGCCAUAGCCACAAAUCACCUGCUGGAAAAUGAGAUGGCACUACACCCCAAGCCUUCCUGUCUAUUGAAAGUUGUAUCCAGUGAGUCCAUGCAGAUGGACCUGGGAAGCAUUAGUACUGAGGAGGAGAUACUGGCUGAACCAGAUAUCCCUGGGCUUUGGAGCAAGGACUACAAGUCAUACCAGGUGUCCAAGGAGGACAUGGAACGGAAACCUGUGGGUGGAACUAAGAUGGAUAAGGACAUCCUGGCCCGCACUAUGGAGCAGCUGCGCAGUGGGGUGGUCCACAAGCAGGUGGUAUCUGGGAGGGAGUUCAAAGGCCGCCCUUUCAACAGCAAGCCAGAGGUCAUUCACUUCAAGGACUUUGAUAUUGGCAAAGUGUACAAGAAGAAGAUCACGUUGAUAAAUGCUACCUACACAAUCAACUACUGUAAGCUGGUGGGUGUGGAGGAGAGCCUGAAGGACUUCAUCCACAUUGACUUUGACCCCCCUGGUCCCAUGUCAGCCGGGAUGUCCUGUGAAGUUCUCGUCACCUUCAAGCCUAUGAUAAAUAAAGAUCUGGAAGGAAAUGUUUCAUUUUUGGCUCAGACGGGAGGCUUUUCUGUUCCACUUAAAUGUUCAACGAAAAAAUGUUCUCUAUCCCUUGACAAGGAACUCAUUGACUUUGGCAGCUAUGUGGUGGGGGAGACCACAUCCCGGAUCAUCACAUUGACCAAUGUUGGGGGUCUGGGCACCAGAUUCAAGUUUCUCCUUGAUUCUGAGUUCUUUGAGAUGGAAGAACACCAACCCGUCAUGAAAAUGAGCAGCGUCUUCACCUAUGAGGACAAAAGUUUUUAUGAGAAGAUCAUUAACAGUCUCUCUGAGCAUCAGCUUGAUGGUGAUGGGUCCUCCCCACUUGACAUCCCAAGCCGAAAAGAAUCCGAGAAACUGGAUGAAGCAGAAGCUUCAGCUGUGGCCAGUGCCAUGACCAUGGUUCCUAGCGAGGAGCAGGCAGAGAUAACCCUGGGGGAGGUAACAGAGGGAGAAAUUGGCCCCUUCAGUUCCAUCAAAGUACCUAUUAUCUUCAACCCAGUUAUCCCAGGAGAAGUCCAGACUAAGUUCAAGGUUAUGUUUAAAAAUUCACAGUGUCCAACGUUAUAUUUCAGAGCCACUGGUAUUGCUGUAGAUGUGCCGGUCUGGGUACCAAGGGCCACUGUGGACCUGAAGAUCUGCAUGUAUGACCGACUCUACCAGGACUCUAUCACUGUCCACACCAGAUCAAAAGCAGCCCUGCGCCUGAAGUUUGAAGUCUGCAAGGAGCUGAGAGGCCACAUAGAGCUUUUGCCAGAAACUGGCUACAUCCAGGCCCAGUCCUCCUAUUCAGUACAGCUCAAGUUCCUGCCUCGACACUCCCUCCCAGAAGAUGCAGGAAAGUAUUUUGACCAGGACAGUCGUGUUCUGGAGGCUCCGAUGACAAUCUGGGUGGCUGACCAGAUCAAACCAGUGGGCUUCACUGUCCAAGCCAUCGUCACCACCUCAGACUUGGAAAUCAGCCCCUUAGAGAUAAACUUUGGCUACUGUACCAUCUAUGAGGCUAUCAGGACAGAAAUCAGCCUCAGCAACCUCUCACUGUUGCCCCAGGAGUUUGGGUUCGUUGGACUUCCAAAGUAUGUGGACAUCCAGCCCAAUGAUGGGUUUGGGACGAUCUUGCCACUGGAAACUUUGCAACUUGAUGUGAUCUUCCAACCCAUUAAGGCCAAGGAAUACAGAUUUGAGCUAGUCUGCAAAUCCGAAAUAAACCGGUGCUUCAAGGUGUCUUGCCAAGCAGUAGGUGUCCACCCACCCCUGGAGCUGUCCCACUACCAGAUCAAGUUUUCAGCCACUGCCUUGUAUGGCACCACUGUGUCCACGCUGUAUGUCAUCAAUUCUCACCUUAGCAUGAACAAACUGAUCCACUCCUUGCCUCGAAUUGGGUCAGAGGAAGCUACCCCAGUGGGACCAACAUCCUUUGAGUUCUUGGUGCCCCCUAAUUCACCCAUCACCAUCUCACCAUCCGUGGGGACUGUGUUACCAGGAAAGAGGUGUUUGGUCCAAGUGGCCUUCCAGCCUGUACUGCCACAUGAGACAAUCCUUGAGGAAGCCAUUCAUAUCCUGAACAAGGAAACAGAGACCAAACUGUUCCGAAAGGAAACAACCCAAAGGAAGGAACAGUGGAAACAGUCUCUGCCUGUGGUUCGGGUUCACAACCGGGACCGACCAACCCGGGCCUCUACCCCCCAUACCCAAGAACUGCAGAGGCAGGGGCUCAGUGCCAGUUCCAAUGAAUACCAAGCUGCACAAGCCACCUUGGCCAGAACCUUCCAGGGGAAGUUUGACAGGUUUGUGGUCCCUUGUGUCAUUGCCAGUGGUGACAUCAAAGACAGGAAGGCAUCGGAACCUCUGAGCUUCAGCCCCUAUAACACUCUAUAUCUGGAGCUAUGGUGUCCAGUAGUGGCUCCAUCCAUUGUGGUGAUAUCUAAUGAAGGCAAGACUGUCGUUAACUUCGGUGAUAUUGCUGUGGGGCAUCGAGGCAUAAAGAAGAUCACCCUCCAGAACAUUUCUCCCGAGGACCUUCCUUUGGAGUUCUCAGUGCUGAACCCCCAUGGCCCCUUCGUUCUGCUAAACCCCUCCAGAAAGCUAUGUUCUGGCGAGACACAGACCCUGGUGCUGUCCUUCUCACCCCACGAGAGCAUACUGGCUCAAGAAACACUGGACAUCAUCUCCAAGAGAGGCACUCUCACUCUCACCCUUACGGGCACAGGUGUGGCAUCCAUGAUUACAUGCUCCAUUGAAGGCAACAUCCUCAACAUGGGCUAUGUGCUUGCCAGAGAAUCUGUCUCAACAAAUUUUAAGCUACAGAAUGAAUCCUCACUUCCCAUUAAGUUCUGGAUGCGGCUGGAGAGCCUCUCCAAAAAAAGGGCUGAGACCCGGCAGCAGCUACCAAAGUUCCUCACCUCCCAUGAGCAGAGGACCGAAAUUGUUGGCACACAGAACCACAAUGGCCAGAGCGUAUUCAGUGUUGUUCCAGUCGAGGGACUCAUGGUCCCUGGGAAGGCUCACGAAUUCACCAUAACCUUCAGUCCAGACCAUGAGAGCCUCUACUUCUCUGACCUGCUCCAAGUGGUGCUCUUUGAAAAGAAAGUCUCCCACCAGAUCCUCCUGAAGGGUGCUGCCCGUGAGCACAUGAUGUUUGUGGAGGGAGGAGACCCACUGGAUGUGCCUGUGGAGUCCCUGACAGUGAUCCCUGCCUUCAACCCAGAACAUAGAGAAGCUAGAUCUCCUCCUCCAGAAGCAGAGGAGAUGAAGCCUAUUCUGGUGACCUUGAACUAUGUCCAGUUUGACACAGACAUGCCAACCCCACCUGCCACCCGAGAGCUGCAAGUGGGCUGUAUCCGGACCACCCAGCCAUCACCAAGGAAGGUGACGCUGGGUUCUGCGGACAGCAACUGUGACCCUUCGGACCAGUGCCGCUGUUACCGCAGGUGCCCGCCCCAGGCCCGCUGGAGCAGCCUAUGGCAUGUGGGGCUUAUCCUGCUUGCCAUACUCCUGAUGCUUCUGUGUGGGGUCACAGCCAGUUGUGUACGGUUCUGCUGCCUCAGGAAGCAGCUGCACACCCAGACACGCAUGCGACCAGCAUGGCAGCCCUGUGACCUGACAGUCAUCCCUGUGGACAGUGACAGCCCUGCACACAGCACUGUAACCUCCUACAGUUCCGUGCAGUACCCACUGGGAAUGCGGUUGCCCCUGUUCUUUGGGGAGCCAGACCCUGACUCAAUGGUCCCUCCCACCUACAGCCUGUAUGCCUCUGAGCUGCCACCCUCCUAUGAUGAGGCUGUGAAGAUGACAAAAGCCAGAGAGGAAGCAGCGGCUCCCUCUCAGAAACCCAACUCUCUGCCUGAGGCUUUGGGGCUAGAGACUACUCCAGGGCCCCAAGAGCCAGGCCCCAGUGCCCAGCAGCCCUAGCUGUGCCCCUGUGAAAAGGGUAGGAGUUCUUUCUUCUGGAGCCGUUAAACCAUAGCCUGGACUCUGGCACGUAGAACCAAGGACCUCCACCUGUGCCAUCCUUCUCCUGGGAAGGCCAGCCAUCCAGCACAUUGCUGCAGACUUGGCCUCAUUGCUAUGCAAUGCCCGGCCAGCCAGCCUGCCCUGCAUUGGCCCCUCCUCCUUACCCCUCCCACCUAUCUGGGGCCCAGCAGACCCUCAGCCCAGAGGAGCGUGAACCUUGAGAGCUGAAGCCCCCACUGGCAUGUCAGCCCUUUGAAGAGAGAAUAAAGUUUGUGUGAACAUGG